AAACAAACUUUAAUGCAACAUAUUCUCCGAUGUGACUAUGAGGCUUGCAGACAAUACCUGAUGAAUCUCGAACAGGCAGUUGUCUUGGAUCAGAACCCCCAGGUGCUGCAGACGUUCCUUGGCCACAGAUGCGACGGGAACCGCAAUAUUCUGCAUGCUUGUGUCUCCGUAUGCUUUCCAACCAGCAACAAGGAGACAAAAGAGGAAGAGGAGGCAGAGCGCUCCGAGAGGAAUACGUUUGCUGAAAGGCUGUCGGCUGUUGAAGCAAUCGCAAAUGCGAUCUCAGUGGUGUCGAGCAACGGCCCAGGAAAUCGGGCAGGGUCGUCCAGCAGCAGAAGUUUGAGAUUAAGAGAAAUGAUGAGAAGAUCCUUGAGAGCUGCUGGAUUGGGCAGACACGAAGCUGGUGCUUCCUCAAGUGAACAUCAGGAUCCAGUUUCUCCUCCGAUAGCUCCUCCCAGCUGGGUUCCAGAUCCACCUGCCAUGGAUCCAGAUGGUGACAUUGAUUUUAUCCUGGCCCCCGCUGUGGGAUCUCUUACCACAGCAGCGACUGGCACCAGCCAAGGACCUAGCACCUCCACUAUACCAGGUCCUUCUACCGAACCAUCUGUAGUGGAAUCAAAGGAUCGGAAGGCAAAUGCUCAUUUCAUACUGAAAUUACUAUGUGAUAGUGUCGUUUUACAGCCUUAUCUUCGAGAACUGCUGUCAGCCAAGGAUGCAAGAGGUAUGACACCAUUUAUGUCAGCAGUUAGUGGCAGGGCAUAUCCUGCUGCAAUUACAAUUCUAGAAACUGCACAAAAAAUUGCUAAAGCUGAGGCAACUUCAAGUGAAAAAGAAGAUGAUGUGUUUAUGGGAAUGGUUUGUCCUUCUGGUACAAAUCCAGAUGACUCUCCCUUGUAUGUGUUGUGUUGUAACGAUACCUGCAGUUUUACGUGGACUGGUGCAGAGCAUAUUAAUCAAGAUAUAUUUGAAUGCCGAACGUGUGGCUUGUUGGAAUCUCUCUGUUGCUGCACAGAAUGUGCAAGGGUCUGCCACAAAGGCCACGACUGCAAGCUCAAACGAACAUCCCCGACAGCCUACUGUGAUUGCUGGGAAAAGUGCAAGUGUAAAACUCUAAUUGCAGGACAAAAGUCUGCUCGCCUUGAUCUGCUUUACCGACUGCUUACCACAACAAAUCUGGUUACUAUGCCAAAUAGCAGGGGCGAGCAUCUUCUGCUGUUUUUAGUGCAGACAGUAGCCAGGCAAACGGUGGAGCACUGCCAGUACAGGCCGCCUAGAAUCAGGGAAGAUCGUAAUCGUAAAACUGCAAAUCCAGAAGAUUCUGAUAUGCCUGAUCAUGACUUAGAACCUCCUCGAUUUGCCCAGCUUGCUUUGGAACGUGUUUUGCAAGACUGGAACGCACUGAAAUCCAUGAUCAUGUUUGGCUCCCAGGAAAAUAAAGACCCUCUUAGUGCAAGCAGUAGGAUAGGUCACCUUUUGCCUGAAGAACAAGUUUACCUUAAUCAGCAAAGUGGAACUAUUCGCUUGGACUGUUUCACACACUGCCUUAUUGUCAAGUGUACAGCAGACAUUCUGCUCUUAGAUACUUUGCUGGGUACUCUGGUAAAGGAGUUACAAAACAAAUAUACACCAGGACGCAGAGAAGAAGCUAUUGCUGUUACAAUGAGGUUCCUGCGUUCUGUGGCAAGAGUGUUUGUCAUUCUUAGUGUAGAAAUGGCUUCCUCAAAAAAGAAAAACAAUUUUAUUCCACAGCCAAUUGGAAAAUGUAAACGUGUGUUCCAGGCAUUAUUGCCCUAUGCUGUUGAAGAGUUGUGCAAUGUAGCAGAAUCUCUAAUUAUUCCAGUCAGGAUGGGAAUUGCACGUCCUACAGCACCCUUUACUCUUGCUAGCACUAGCAUAGAUGCCAUGCAGGGAAGUGAAGAGCUGUUUUCUGUCGAGCCUCUACCACCUAGGCCAUCAUCUGACCAGUCUAGCAGUUCUAGUCAGUCUCAAUCGUCCUAUAUCAUAAGGAAUCCUCAGCAGAGACGGAUCAGCCAGUCACAGCCAGUUCGUGGUAGAGAUGAAGAACAAGACGAUAUCGUUUCAGCAGAUGUGGAAGAGGUUGAGGUGGUUGAGGGUGUAGCUGGUGAAGAGGACCACCAUGAUGAACAAGAAGAACACGGAGAAGAAAAUGCUGAAGCAGAAGGACAGCACGAUGAGCAUGAUGAAGAUGGCAGUGAUAUGGAGUUGGAUCUGCUGGCUGCAGCUGAAACAGAAAGUGACAGUGAGAGUAACCACAGUAAUCAGGACAAUGCUAGUGGGCGCAGAAGUGUUGUCACUGCAGCUACUGCUGGGUCAGAAGCAGGAGCUAGCAGUGUCCCAGCGUUCUUUUCCGAAGAUGACUCUCAGUCAAACGAUUCCAGUGAUUCCGAUAGCAGCAGCAGUCAGAGCGAUGACAUAGAGCAGGAGACCUUCAUGCUCGAUGAACCUCUGGAGAGGACCACCAACAGCUCCCACGCCAACGGCGCUGCGCAGGCGCCCCGCUCCAUGCAGUGGGCUGUGCGGAACACGCAGAACCAGCGAGCUGCCAGCGCUGCCCCCUCCAGCACCUCGGCCCCCGCAGCAAGCUCAGCAGGCUUGAUAUACAUCGACCCGUCCAACCUGCGCCGGAGUGGUACCAUCAGUACAAGUGCUGCAGCAGCAGCUGCUGCUCUUGAAGCCAGCAAUGCCAGCAGCUAUCUAACAUCUGCAAGCAGCUUAGCAAGGGCAUACAGUAUUGUGAUACGACAGAUAUCUGAUCUGAUGGGUCUGAUCCCCAAGUACAAUCAUCUCGUGUACUCCCAGAUUCCCGCUGCAGUGAAGCUGACUUACCAAGAUGCAGUAAACUUGCAGAACUAUGUAGAAGAAAAGCUUAUUCCCACUUGGAAUUGGAUGGUUAGCAUCAUGGACUCUACAGAAGCUCAGCUGCGUUAUGGCUCUGCUCUAGCAUCUGCUGGUGACCCAGGGCAUCCGAAUCAUCCCCUGCACGCGUCUCAGAACUCGGCCCGAAGGGAGAGGAUGACAGCCCGGGAGGAAGCAAGCCUACGGACACUCGAGGGCAGGAGACGUGCUACUUUACUGAGUGCCCGUCAGGGGAUGAUGUCGGCACGCGGUGAUUUCCUGAACUACGCGCUGUCCCUGAUGCGUUCGCACAAUGAUGAGCACUCAGAUGUUCUUCCUGUUCUAGAUGUCUGCUCACUAAAGCAUGUAGCAUAUGUUUUUCAAGCCCUUAUUUAUUGGAUUAAAGCAAUGAAUCAACAAACAACAUUGGAUACUCCUCAGCUGGAACGGAAAAGAACUCGGGAACUUUUGGAACUGGGUCUAGACAAUGAAGAUUCAGAACAUGAAAAUGAUGAUGACACCAAUCAAAGUGCUACACUCAAUGACAAGGAUGACGACUCCCUCCCAGCAGAGACUGGCCAGAAUCAUCCGUUUUUCCGACGGUCAGACUCCAUGACGUUCCUCGGUUGCAUUCCACCCAACCCUUUUGAGGUUCCUCUGGCAGAGGCCAUCCCCCUAGCAGACCAGCCCCAUCUGUUACAGCCAAAUGCUCGCAAGGAAGAUCUGUUUGGCCGACCAAGUCAGGGUUUAUAUUCAUCUUCUGCCAACAGUGGGAAGUGCUUAGUGGAAGUGACAGUGGAUAGAAACUGCCUUGAGGUUCUUCCAACUAAAAUGUCUUAUGCAGCCAAUUUGAAAAACGUCAUGAGUAUGCAGAAUCGGCAGAAGAAGGAAGGAGAGGAACAAAAUGUGCCCGCCGAGGAAUCUGAGGGUUCAAAGCCGGGGCCUUCUGCGCAUGAUCUUGCAGCACAGCUGAAAAGCAGCUUGUUGGCAGAGAUCGGGCUGACAGAAAGCGAAGGGCCACCUCUCACAUCCUUCAGGCCACAGUGCAGUUUCAUGGGCAUGGUGAUAUCUCAUGACAUGUUACUGGGACGCUGGCGCCUUUCUUUAGAGUUGUUUGGUAGAGUGUUCAUGGAAGAUGUUGGAGCAGAGCCUGGAUCGAUCUUGACUGAAUUAGGUGGCUUUGAAGUAAAAGAAUCAAAAUUCCGCAGAGAGAUGGAAAAGCUUAGAAACCAGCAGUCCAGGGAUUUAACGUUGGAGGUUGAUCGAGACAGAGAUCUUCUAAUUCAGCAAACCAUGAGGCAGCUCAACAAUCACUUUGGUCGCAGAUGUGCCACCACUCCAAUGGCCGUACACAGAGUAAAAGUGACUUUUAAGGACGAGCCCGGAGAGGGCAGCGGUGUAGCACGAAGCUUUUAUACUGCCAUUGCCCAGGCCUUUCUGUCAAAUGAGAAACUGCCAAAUCUAGAUUGUAUUCAGAAUGCCAACAAGGGUACCCAUACAAGUCUGAUGCAGAGAUUGCGAAAUAGGGGGGAAAGAGAUCGGGAAAGGGAACGAGAGAGAGAAAUGCGGAGAAGUAGUGGCUUGCGAGCUGGUUCUCGGAGAGAUAGGGAUAGGGACUUUAGAAGACAACUUUCCAUUGACACACGGCCUUUUAGACCAGCAUCAGAAGGAAAUCCUAGUGAUGACCCUGAUCCUCUUCCAGCACAUAGACAAGCCCUUGGAGAAAGGCUUUACCCUAGAGUACAAGCAAUGCAACCAGCUUUUGCAAGUAAAAUCACGGGAAUGUUGUUGGAAUUGUCUCCUGCUCAGCUGCUACUGUUACUAGCUAGUGAAGAUUCCCUUCGAGCAAGAGUUGAUGAAGCCAUGGAGCUCAUUAUUGCACAUGGAAGGUAAAAUAUUGAGAAUUCUGAUAAAAGAUGAAAACUAGAAAAUAGAAAGCGACAUGGUUCCAGCCGCAGUGUAGUAGAUAUGGAAUUAGAUGAUACAGAUGAUGGGGAUGAUAAUGCACCACUUUUCUACCAACCUGGAAAACGAGGUUUUUAUACACCAAGGCCUGGUAAAAACACAGAAGCAAGGCUGAAUUGUUUCAGAAACAUCGGCAGAAUCCUAGGGUUGUGCUUGUUGCAGAAUGAACUAUGUCCCAUCACGUUAAAUAGACACGUAAUCAAAGUUCUUCUUGGAAGAAAAGUGAACUGGCAUGAUUUUGCUUUUUUUGAUCCGGUUAUGUACGAAAGCCUUCGGCAACUGAUCCUCGCUUCCCAGAGUACGGAUGCGGAUGCAGUGUUUGCAGCAAUGGAUUUAGCAUUUGCAAUAGACCUGUGUAAGGAGGAGGGCGGAGGGCAGGUUGAACUUAUUUCCAAUGGUGUAAAUAUACCAGUCACUCCUCAGAAUGUGUAUGAAUAUGUACGGAAAUAUGCAGAGCACCGAAUGUUGGUAGUGGCAGAACAGCCCCUACAUGCAAUGAGGAAAGGUCUCCUGGAUGUGCUUCCAAAGAAUUCAUUAGAAGAUUUAACAGCAGAAGAUUUCAGACUUCUGGUAAAUGGCUGUGGUGAAGUAAAUGUGCAAAUGCUUAUCAGCUUUACAUCUUUCAAUGAUGAGUCAGGAGAAAAUGCUGAGAAGCUUUUGCAGUUCAAGCGUUGGUUUUGGUCCAUAGUUGAGAAGAUGAGUAUGACAGAAAGACAAGAUCUAGUGUACUUUUGGACAUCAAGUCCAUCACUGCCUGCCAGUGAGGAGGGAUUCCAACCUAUGCCAUCAAUCACAAUAAGACCACCAGAUGACCAACAUCUUCCUACAGCAAACACUUGCAUUUCUCGCCUUUAUGUCCCGCUCUAUUCCUCUAAGCAGAUUUUGAAACAGAAAUUGUUACUCGCCAUUAAGACCAAGAAUUUUGGUUUUGUGUAGAGUAUAAAAAGUGUGUAUUGCUGUGUAAUAUUACUAGCUAAGUUUUGUAGAUUUUUCCAUUUGUCUAUAAAAGUUUAUGAAAGUUAAUGCUGUCAUACCCCUGGUGGUACUUUAAAAAUAAAAUGCAAACAUUCCUGUACUAAAUUUGUAACGUAAAGGCCUAAGGAGCACUAGCAAUAUCUGAUCGCAACAGUUUGCUAGUCAGUAACUCCUUGGCCUAACCCCAGCCAAAGAUGACAGCAGAACAAUAUAAUUUACACUGUGAUUUAUCUUUUUGCUGAGGGAAAAUAUGUAAAAUGUUCUGAAAAUUCACUGCUGCCUUUGUGGAAAGUGUUUCAGCAAAGGUUCUUGUAUAGAGGGAGUAGGGAAUUUCAAAAUAAAAAAUUAAGUAUGUUCUGUGUUUUAUUUUAACUUUUUUAUGGUGUUUAAUUUGUGGUUGGCUGCAAUUGUGUAUCAUGUAUAUUGAACUUGUAAAAAGUUCCUGACGGCUCGGAUCUCAGACUUGAGAUCAUUCACUUAUGAAACCACUUUCAUUGCAAUUUUUGUUUGGGUUGCAUUGAACUCUGGCACAUCAGAUACCAUCACUAAUAUUUUGCAUGUAAUCUGUACCUUUAGUGGUUUUUUCUUUUUUUCUUCUUUUUUUUUUUUUGUACAUAUGAUGAGGCCAAUGCACAGUAUUUCAUAGUUCACAAUCAACAAUUUUUGUAUCCCUAUUUCAGUGAACAGACAGUCAGGAAACUGUUCCACUACCAGUUCUAACCAGACACUUGUACUACGUUAUCUUAACUAUGUAAACUCAGCCUGGGCACUUUCUGGUAACUGUAAAAUGUUUAUAAGAUCAUGAUUAUUGAAGAUACAUUUUGGAAAACUUUAAUGUUCGUGAGCAGCUUAACUUCUUUUGUAUCUAGCCUUUUUUAAGUAUCUUGUUACAGUUUUUUAAUAAAGAAAUUACAGACAAAAUACCAA